AUGUCUAACCUUCCUUCGGAGCCAGAGUUUGAGCAAGCCUACAACGAGCUCAAGUCGACCAUCGAGUCCUCGAGCCUGUUUGAGAAGCGGCCUGAACUCAGGAAAGCCCUCGAGGUGAUUGCCAUCCCCGAGCGUGUCUUGCAAUUCCGUGUUGUUUGGGAGGACGACAACCACGAGCUCCAGGUGAACCGUGGAUUCCGUGUGCAGUACAACUCCGCCCUCGGUCCAUACAAGGGAGGUCUGCGAUUCCACCCAACCGUCAAUCUCUCUAUUCUCAAGUUUCUCGGUUUCGAGCAAAUCUUCAAGAAUGCCUUGACGGGUUUGUCGAUGGGCGGUGGUAAAGGUGGAUCUGACUUCAACCCCAAGGGUCGCAGCGACAAUGAGAUUCGUCGAUUCUGUGUCGCCUUCAUGACAUGCCUGUACAGACAUAUUGGUCAGAACCUCGAUGUUCCAGCUGGUGACAUCGGUGUCGGUGGUCGCGAGGUCGGCUACCUCUUUGGUGCUUUCAAGAAGCUGCAAAACUCGUUUGAAGGUAUGAUCACCGGAAAGGGCGCUUCAUGGGGUGGUUCGCUCAUCCGUCCUGAGGCCACUGGGUUUGGUCUUGUGUACUACGUGGCACACAUGAUUAAAUACGCAACCGAUGGUGCAGAGUCCUUCAAGGGCAAGACAGUCGCCAUUUCUGGUUCCGGCAAUGUUGCUCAGUACGCCGCUCUCAAAGUCAACGAGCUCGGCGGCAAGGUUGUUUCGCUUUCCGACUCCAAAGGCGCUGUUAUCUGUGAGGCUGGCUUCACAAAUGAAGACGUCGAGGAGAUUGGUGCUCUGAAGCUCAAGCACGGCUCACUCAGCGACUUUUGCUCAAAGAAGGACACGAGCAAGUACGUGUACAAGGAGGGUGAGCGUCCCUGGACCCAUGUCAAGUGUGACGUUGCCUUGCCAUCUGCUACACAAAACGAGGUUUCGGGUGACGAAGCCAAGGCUUUGAUUGAGUCUGGCUGCAUGUUCAUUGCUGAGGGCUCCAACAUGGGUUGCACACAAGAGGCCAUUGAUGCCUUUGAGGCUGCACGUGAAGUUGCUUCUUCAAAGAAGGCCAUCUUCUACGGCCCGGGCAAGGCUUCCAACGCUGGUGGUGUUGCUGUCUCUGGUCUCGAAAUGUCACAAAACUCGGCGAGAGUGUCGUGGACGAGCGAGGAGGUUGACGCCAAGCUCGCCAGUAUCAUGGAGAACUGCUUUGUGCAAUCCAUCAAGACGGCAGAGGAGUUCUGCAAGCCUAGCAAGGGCGGUCUGCCUUCGCUUGUGGCCGGUGCCAACAUUGCUGGUUUCCUCAAGGUUGCUGGUGCUAUGCACGACCAGGGUGAGUGGUUCUAG